AUGCGAGAGGACGCCAACACGAGACUACAUGCCACAAGUGCUUCAAUCGAUCCUCUUUCAAAAGAAGCCACUGUCUCCCUCUCCACCACCGACAACGACCGAAAGAAACCCGCCUACUUCUCUGAUUCAGCCAUGUACCCCUCUCUUGCGACGCCUCCGCCAAAGCCUCUGUCGGCGAGUUGCCUCCAGCUACCUCCUUCUUCUUUGCGUCCAGCACAGGCUUCGCUCAUUGCUUUUCCUUUUCUUCUGAUUCGAUUGCUUAUAAGUUUCAUGGAAGUUGAACCGGUUGGAGAAGAUUCAAGCUACAAAAUGGCUUACAUGGAUGGAUCCCUGCUUCGCUUAUAUUUUUCAGGGAAUGUGUUAUGUAUGUCCAAGUCACCCAUGAGCAAGGAUCGAUUAUACCCCAACCACUUGAUAUUAAGAUUUAAAAGAGAGUUUCACUACGCACCCCAACUACCCCAACUGCUUGAUGAAAUGCUUGAACCAACCCUGUUCCUUGAAAGACAAUAA